AUGCAAGCCGUCGUUAAGGUUCUAGCAGUCGCCUGCGUCUUCCAAGCAGUGUUGGCCGUUCCAUUCAAAUCUGAAGUUGAUGAACCUAAAUUGGAUGUAGUGCAACAAAAUUUGAUUGAAAACGAAAAUAACUUGGCCGAAGCUGUCAAUGCCUUAGAAGAAAGACAAGAUGAACUGGAAGAUUCUUUAAGGGGCAAGAAGAGCUUAUACCAAGUUCCAAAGAGCUAUGUACCUAAGAGUUACUCAGUAGCAGCUCCAGUGCAAUCCUAUCAAGCUCCUGCUCCAGCUUCUUACCAAGCCCCUGUCGCUUACCAACCAGCCCCUGCUAGCUACCAAGUUGCAUCCUACUCUGCUCCUGCUGCUUCAGCCGCUUACCAAGCUCCUGCCGCUGCUCCCGCCGCCGUUUACCAACCAGCCCCAGCUGCCCAAGUUGUUUCAUACCAAGCCGCUGCCCCAGCUGCUGCCUACGCCGCUCCCGCUGCCGCAUACGCCGCCCCUGCUCCAUCUUAUGCUGCUCCUGCUCCCGCUUAUGCCGCUCCUGCACCUCAAGUGACCUACACCACCUACACCGCUCAACCUCCUUGCCCUACCAACUACUUGUUCGGUUGCCAACCUAGUGUUGCUCCAGUUCCAUGCAGCCAAGCUUUCCAACCACCACAAGUGCAAUUGACACCAUACGUCGCUCCCCAAGCUCCAGCCGUUUACAAGAAACCCGCUGGUGGUUACAGGGCUGCCGAUGAAGAGAGGGAAGACAUGAUCAAGAACAUGAACUAAAAUGGAAGCGCCAAGAUAGAAAAAUCUCGAAACAAAUAGCAAGUGGUAAAAUCUAUCGCAAAGAAAUAUUUGUAAAAUAAAAUCUUAUUUUCAAUAAGAUUUUAUUUUCAAAGAUUAUUUUUAGCGAUUGAUUUUUGUAUCAAUUAUUGAUCGAGGUUUUUAGGUUGAAAAGA